GGAGUUAACGUGAAGGAGUGACGGACGAGUUGAAAUUAAUGUCUGUGGUUUUUUAUACUUUUCUGAAUUCCUGAUAUUCUAUGAACCGUUGCCAGCUCUUGUAGAAGUUCUUGACAUCUGAAGCUAUGCGGCGGAGUAAGGCUGAAGUGGAUCGCUACGUUUCCACAGUACAGAGUUCCUCUCCCUCACUAAAAGAGAAGCCAGUCAAAGGAUUUUUAUUUGCUAAAUUGUACUUUGAAGCAAAAGAAUACGAACUUGCAAAAAGACAUGUAUCGGAGUAUCUCAAAGUGCAGGAGAGGGAUCCCAAAGCUCAUAAAUUCCUUGGACAGCUCUAUGAGAGAGAGGGAGACAUCAAUAAGGCAGUUGGAUGUUACAAGCGCUCAGUGGACUUGAAUCCAGCACAGAGAGACCUGGUGCUGAAGGUGGCUGAAUUACUUGUCAGUAAGAAAGAGGCUGAUAGCAGAGCAGAGUUUUGGGUGGAGAAAGCUGCAAAGCUAUGGCCUGGGAACCCAGCAGUCUUCAACCUAAAGGAGCAGCUGUUGAGUCGUCAGGGUCAGCAGGGCUGGAACCAGUUGUUCGAUCUCCUCCAGGCUGAGCUUGCAGCGCGGCCAGCUGACGCCCAUGUAAACGUGAAGUUGGUUCAGCUAUUCUGUCAGGAUGGCCGGCUGGAAGAGGCUGUUAAACACUGCCUGGCUGCUGAGAAAAGGGGCCUGCUGCGCAACAGUCUGGACUGGUACACAGUGGUGCUGCACACUCUGCAGGAGUAUCUGGCUCAGCCCAAUGUCUCUAGCAAUGAGAAGACGUUUCGACUCCUCCAGAGAGAAGUGCUGCUGGUACACUGUAGCCUGCUGAGGCUCACGCUGUCAGAGAGCAGCGUGCAGCCAAGCCUUGAUGCACUCAAAGGAUUUGACCAAGCUAUGCAGACCCUGAGCAGCAUCGCCAGCCGUCACACAGAUGAUCUUUGCGAGGUUUUUGUGGAGAUGAGAGGUCACCUCUACCUGCAUGCUGCAACACUGCUGUUAAAGUUGGCUCAGGAUCGACAGCAGACCUGGAGGGCCAUCAUAGACCUGGCUGCACUGUGUUACCUGCUGGCAUAUCAGGUUCCCAGACCAAAGGCAAAAGUGACCAAAAGAGACCAGUCAGCCCCACAACUUCUGGAGCUGCUGGCCAAUGACCGACAGAGUCAAGCAGGACACAUGUUGUUUAACCUGAGCACUGCUUCGGCCACUUUAAUCAGAGAGGUGGUGGAAGCAUUUGGGAACCGCAGUGGUCAGGACUCUUUGUUUGAACUCCUUUGGGGUCCGCAGGCCUCAACCGGACCCUCAUUUAUUGCCAACGAUGACAUUCGUUCCAUUAGCGCUGUGGCUCCAGAGCUCUCUCAGCUGGCCAAAUGGGACACUGGCUCCAUUCUGUUACACAGUGGUGAUUUGCAACAUCUGAGUUGGUUGGGGCUGCAGUGGUCUCUCCUGGGCCAAAGACCACCCAUGCGGGACUGGCUACAACAACUUUUUCCAAGGUUAACAUUGGAAACAUCCAAGCUAGACACCAAUGCACCCGAGUCGAUCUGCCUGCUGGACCUGGAGGUGUUUUUAUAUGGUGUGGUGUUCUGUGGCCACUGUCAGCUCCAGGAGACAGCAAAGAUCAGCAGUGCAACAACCCAGCAGCAUCAGCAGCUCUUUGUGCCCCGCUGCCUUCCUCUUCCUCUGCUCCGCCUCUUAACCACUGACAGACAGAGGGAUUUGUGGGACGCCAUCUACAACCUUAUUCACAAACGAGCAGCUCCAGGCACGUCAGCCAAGCUACGGAUGAUUAUGCAACAUGGGCUGAGUACUCUGAGGGCCAGAGAGAAACAUGGGCUUCAACCUGCACUGGCCAUCCACUGGGCUCAAUGUCUUAGCCAGACGGGUGAUGGGGUGAACUCCUACUACGACCAGAAAGAGUACAUCGGCCGCAGCGUCCACUACUGGAGAGUUGUUCUCCCCUUCUUGGAGAAAAUCAAAAACAGACGCAGCAUACCCGAACCCCUUGAGCCCCUUUUUAAACACUUUAAUUCCAAGGAUAUUCAGAUAUCUUCUGUGAAAGGUUAUGAAGAAGAAGCAAACAUAGCAUAUGCUGUUCUCCUGGACAUCGAAGGCAGAACAGAGGAAGCAAUUGCCACCUUGGAAAGCAUCAAUAACAUGUCAUCCACCUGGCAUUUAGCACAGAUCUACCAGCGCUUGUCAGAGGAGGCCAGCAAUGGGGUUGAGGAAACCCAAGACAGAUGUAUAACAUUUCGGAGAAAGUUCAGAACCUAUCUGUCGAAGAUUUACAAUGCCAAUGCAGACGACAUCAACAAACUGCCUGUGUCCAUGGAGGAAAUUUUGGACCUCCUGAAUGAUGUAAACCAGCAGCUGGGGUUGAGUGGGGAGGACAUGGAUGAAGAGGACGAGAUGGAGUUAGAGCAUCAAAGAAGACCGGCUCACUCCAGUCCUGCUCAUUUGACGGAAACCAGCGCAACCAUAUCCCACAUCAAGUUUUCUACUCCUUCCCCCAACAAAAGCAUCAUCUCUCCUUCCAAAAGACUGAUUUCUCCCAAAACACCACCUCACUGGGUUGAAGAUCAGAAAAGUCUUCUUCAGAUGCUGUGUCAGCAAGUUGAAGCCCUGAAGAAUGAGGUUCAUGAUCUGAAACACAACGCGUCAGCAAGCGCAGGGUCUCCUCAUCAUAAAAUGUACAACGAGAGCUUCAGGGCAGAGGGUCUGCAGGAACCCUUUACCCCAGUCCAGUCCUACCAUGGAGCCCCCUUAACAGUUUCCACAACAGGGCCCUCGCUGUACUACAACCAGUCUCCAGGUUAUAAUUCUCAGUACCUCUUACGCACAGCAGCAAAUGUAACCCCCACUAAGGGUCCAAUGUAUGGUGUGAACCGUAUGCCGCCUCAGCAACAUAUGUAUGCCUACCAGCCGCCCACUCACACACCUCCUCUGCAGGCAGCCCCAACCUGCAUCUACCCACCACAAGAACAAGUGUUUGGUGCUCCCCUUCGAUUUGAGUCCCCAGCCACGAAUCUGCUUUCACCAUACAGUGAAGAAUAUUAUGGCCAGAAUGUUACCCAACAGACCACGAACCCUUCUCUGCCUGAGCCCGGCUACUUCACCAAGCCAUCUGUAGCCCCUGUUCAGCCACCAAAGAGUGUCGAGGGAAAGCCUGUAGACUUCGGGAAGCUCUCCUUCAACCAGCAGGCUGAAGUCCCUAGAUUGCCAAGUUUUGGCACAGGAGCCACUGCCCAGUCCACACCUUCGACCGCUUUUAAAUUCAAUUCCAACUUCAAAUCCAAUGAUGGAGAUUUCACUUUCUCUGCUUCCCAAGCCAAGCACAGCGAAAGUUUGCUUGGUUUACUCACAUCAGACAUUCCCACAAAAACGGAUGUUCUAGAGAAGCAUCCAGCCCAGGAGCAACCCCCUAGCCAAUCAAAUAUCUUCACCUUUGGCAAUAAAAAUAUUACAAGCUUCUCCUUUGUUGAUAGUGCACAGAACACAGCCAGCGGAGGUAUUUUUGGGAAGGUGGAGCAGCCAUUUAAAUUUGGGGAAGUCUCCAAGCCAGUGUUUGGUGUUGAUAUGCCUACAGCAGAGCAGGAGCGAGCUGUGGAAAGUGACAAUGACAGCACUCACGCUGAGGAAGAUGAAGAUGGGCCCCACUUUGAACCUAUUGUACCUCUUCCUGAUAAGGUAGAUGUGAAAACAGGCGAGGAAGAGGAGGAGGAAAUGUUUUGCAACAGGGCAAAGUUAUACAGAUUUGAUGCAGAGACAAAAGAGUGGAAAGAAAGGGGCAUUGGCAAUGUUAAAAUCCUCAGACACAACACUAAAGGGAAGGUCCGCCUCUUGAUGAGAAGAGAACAAGUCCUGAAGAUCUGUGCAAACCAUUACAUCACUGCUGAUAUGCUCCUGAAACCAAAUGCUGGCUCUGACAAAUCCUGGGUGUGGAAUGCCAUUGAUUAUGCGGAUGAAGAGCCGAAGCCCGAACAACUGGCCAUCCGCUUUAAAACAGUGGAUGAAGCAUCUCUAUUUAAAGCCAAGUUUGAGGAAGCCCAAAAAGUAGAAACCAAAUCUCCAGAAAAGCACACUCAGCAAGAGAGGAAAGAGGAGAGCUCAAAAGAUUCAGCAUCACUGGCAGCCCAGUUUGCACUUAAAGAAGGGGAAUGGGAGUGCACUGUGUGCUGUGUGAGAAAUAAACCCACAGAUGUGCAUUGUGUUGCAUGCCAAUCUCCUAAUCCCCAGUCUUCAUCAAAACCAGACAUUAAGACUGUUGCUGAAACCAAAACUAGUCCAUUUACUUUCAAAUUUGGUACUGAUUCAUCAAAACCGAGCAGUUCUGGCUCUAAAUUUACUGGUUUUGGUGCUUUUGGAGCCUCUGUACCCUCCACGUUUACAUUUGGUAUCAGCUCCUCAAAACCAGCCGACACAGCUACAAAUCCAUUUAGUUUUAGCUUUGGGUCACAGUCUGCCAAAAAGCCAGGACAGUGGGACUGCGACAAGUGUUCUGCAAAGAACGAGGCCUCUGCAGACAGUUGUGUUUCUUGUAAAGCUCUUAAAACUGCAGGUAAACCAACUGUCACAGCACAAGCACCACCAGCUACAGAUCAGACACCAACACAGCCCUCUGUUUCUACUGUUGAUGGUGGGUUUGGUGCACUGUUUCGCAAGAAGCCUGGACAGUGGGACUGUGAUGUGUGUGAAGUGAGAAAUGAAGCAUCUGCUGAUAAAUGUGUUGCGUGUAACAGCCCAAACCCUGCUGCAAAAUCAAAAGAUGGGGCCCAAGCAAAGCCCUCUGUUUCUACUGUUGAUGGUGGGUUUGGUGCACUGUUUCGCAAGAAGCCUGGACAGUGGGACUGUGAUGUGUGUGAAGUGAGAAAUGAAGCAUCUGCUGAUAAAUGUGUUGCGUGUAACAGCCCAAACCCUGCUGCAAAAGCAAAAGAUGGGGCCCAAGCAAAGUCAAAUCUAACAGCAGCAUCAGGAUUUGGGGCUGAUUUUUCCGAGAAAGGGGGGCAGUGGGACUGCAACACCUGCCUGGUUAGAAAUGAAGCAUCUGCAACCAAAUGUGUUUCCUGCAAUUCUUCCAACGACAAUCCCUCUUUAGAGGCCGUGUUUGGCAAGAAGGAAGGAGAAUGGGAUUGUGACUCUUGUCUGGUAAGAAAUGAUGCUUCUGCCAAUAAAUGUGUAGCAUGUCAGACCCCAAAUCCCAAUGCUAAAAGCACAAGUAGUUCUGCCCCCUCAGCCUCUACCUUCAGUUUUACCUUUAGAACCAAGGGCUCAUCAAGCCAGCCUGCUCCAACUGGAUUUUCAGUGCCAUUUGGAAGUGGCAGCACUUUUCAGUUUGGUCAAAAGGAAGAUGAAAGCUCAGCUUCAUUUAAGUUUGAAGCUCGUCAGUCUGCAGCAACUACAACUAAUUCUUCAGGUUUCUCUUUCUCGAUGCCUAUGUCAGCUGGUGGCUUCAAAUUUGGUAUUGAGGACACUGCAAAGGAUUCUGCCUCUUCUGAUGAUCAACCUCCAUCAGGGUCAGCCUCCAGUUUUCUUAAGAGCAUUGCUGACAAACACAAGGAGAAAGAACAUGCGCUGGCACCUUCAACAGGCCAAAUAGACCAGGAUCAGAAUCCAUUAAUUUCUGGAAAAGCCAAUACUUUCAGUUUUGCAGACUUGGCUAAAUCCUCUGGAGGAAACUUCCAAUUUGGCCAGAAAGAUCCUGAUUUCAAAGGUUUCUCUGGGGCUGGAGAACAGGUUUUCUCAGCAUCCCCCACCAAGACAGAAUCCACAAACGAGCAGGAAGAUGACGGCAUGUAUAAAACAGAGGAAAAUGAUGACAUCCAGUUUGAACCAGUGGUACAAAUGCCUGAGAAGGUGGAGCUGGUAACGGGUGAGGAGGAUGAACAGGUCCUGUAUUCUCAGCGCGUCAAACUUUUCAGAUUUGAUUCCAGCACCAGUCAGUGGAAAGAACGUGGUGUAGGAAUCUUAAAAUUCCUGAAAAACAGUACUAAUGGGCGACUAAGGGUGCUGAUGAGAAGAGAGCAAGUUCUGAAGGUGUGUGCAAACCACUGGAUCACCACCACUAUGAACCUCAAGCCACUGGCAGGCUCAGACAAAGCUUGGAUUUGGAUGGCAAACGAUUUCUCUGAUGGAGAUGCUAAACCCGAACAGUUGGCUGCCAAAUUUAAAACUCCAGAGCUCGCUGAGGAGUUCAAGGAGAAGUUUGAAGAGUGUCAGAGACUCCUCCUGGAUAUCCCUCUGCAAACUCCUCACAAACUGGUUGACACUGGCAGAACAGCACACCUCAUUCAGAAAGCAGAGGAAAUGAAAUCUGGUUUGAAAGACCUGAAAUCAUUUUUGACGGAUGAGAAAACAAAAAUCAAAGAUGAUGACACACAAGGAGAGAAAACAACCUCUGGUGACGUUUCAAGCCUUGUGAUCAGGCCUCAUGGUGAAACCACAGGUCCCACCUUGGAGUGGGAUAACUACGACCUAAGAGAGGAAGCUUUAGAUGACACAGCUGACUCAUCUGUCUAUGCCUCCCCCCUUGCCAGCAGCCCUCUGAGAAAGAAUCUUUUCCGAUUUGGGGAAUCCACCAGUGGGUUUAGCUUCAGUUUCCAACCUUGCAUCAGUCCCUCCAAGUCUCCUUCUAAACUUAACCAGAGCAGAGCCUCAGUGGGCACUGAUGACGAGCAGGACACAACCCAAGAUGAAGAGCGGGAUGGACAGUACUUUGAGCCUGUGGUCCCUUUGCCCGAUUUGGUGGAGACUUCUACAGGAGAAGAAAAUGAACAAGUGGUCUUCAGCCACAGAGCCAAACUGUAUCGUUAUGACAAGGAAGUAGGACAGUGGAAGGAGAGGGGCAUUGGAGACCUCAAGAUCUUGCAGAAUUUGAACACCAAACGAGUGAGGUUGAUCAUGAGGAGAGACCAAGUAUUGAAGCUCUGUGCCAACCACUGGAUCACAGCAUUUAUGAGACUGGAACCUAUGAAAGGUGCAGAGAAAGCUUGGGUCUGGAGUGCAGCAGACUACUCUGAAGGAGAAGAGGGUAAAAUUGAGCAGCUGGCUGUGAGAUUCAAGCUGCAGGACACUGCAAAUACAUUCAAACAGGUCUUUGACGAGGCCAAGGUUGCACAUGAAAAAGAAGAGCUUAUGGCUCCGGCGACUUUGCGAGUUGCUGCAGCACAAGACAGCGGCACAGCAGGAUCUGCAGACGCUGCUACAACUGUAUGUGGCAAGGCGGCGAUUGCUGUCCUGGAAGAAACGACAAAGGAACGUACAGAGCUCUCUACUGACAGCAGGACGUCUGCAGAUGGAUCCCAGAGCCCAGUCAACCCCAUGAAGAAUGUGGUGUCUCCCCCUAAAUUUGUCUUUGGCACCGAUUCCGUUCAGAAGAUCUUUGGCCCUCCUAAAUCUCAGUCAGAAACUCCAUCAUCUGCAUCGAGUGUCAAAGUCCAGGAGUCUGGAGGUCCUGCCAAGACUACACUUGUAGCUCCUGCAUUCAAAAUGAAUACAGAUUCCCCUCAAGCAGGAGGAGGCAGCUCACGGGCAGACGAGGACUCUGAGGUAGAGGUUGUAUACGUUAGGGAACCCACUGCAGAGCAGGCAGCUUUAGCCAAAAAACUCCUGCUGCCUCACACCUUCUUCUGCUACAAGAAUGAACCGGGCUACACCAGCGACACUGAAACCGAUGAUGAGGACUAUGAGUCAGCAGUGAGAGCCUUGAACGGGAAGCUCUACCCUGAUCCUCCUGCGACCGCGGCUGCUGCUUGUAAUGAUGAGCCAGACUGCCAGGUUGUGUGGGAGAAAACGCCAACACCAGAAGAGGAGGAGAAGGCAAAGAGCCUCCAGCUUCCUAAUACAUUCUUCUGUGGCCUGAGCACAACAGACAGCGACCCAGACCAAGACAAGCCCGAAGAUUUUGAGACCGAAGUCCGCAAAGCACAGCAAGACCUAGUCGCCGAGUUCAACAAGACUCAGGAGGCCUCAAGCAGUCCAGCAGAAGAUCAAGAAACUCCAGCCUCAGGCCUGUCAUCCAGCAGUGCAGAAGUUGCAGACAGCACAUCUACACCAGACCAGCCAACGGAGACUCGCACUGUAACUUCCAGCAGCAGCUCUCCUAUUGACCUGUCGACUAAGAAGAGUCAAGAACAAGAGACAAACACAGAGACCGAUGCAGCUGCCGCCACUUCAACUGAUGCAGCAGCCACAGUUUUGACUGCCACACCAGCCAGUCAUGACUCCACCUUUGGCUUCGACUCCAUUGCAGGAUUUUCUUUUGCUGACUUGGCCAAAAGCACAGAGGGAUUUGCGUUUGGAAAGCAAGACUCUAAUUUCUCAUGGGCCAAUGCUGGAGCUACGAUAUUUGGGUCUGCUGUGUCCUCUGAACCUAAAAACAAUGGUGAGGAGGAGGGAAGUGAUGAGGAGGAGACUUCUAACAAUGAGGACAUUCACUUUGAGCCGAUAGUAUCCCUUCCUGAGGUGGAGACAAAGUCUGGAGAAGAAGAUGAGGAGAUCCUGUUUAAGGAGCGGACCAAGUUGUACCGAUGGGACCGGGAUCUCGGCCAGUGGAAAGAGCGUGGCGUUGGCGACAUAAAGAUCCUGUACCACCCCAGCAAACAUUUCUACCGAAUCCUAAUGAGAAGGGAUCAGGUGCUGAGGGUUUGUGCCAACCACACAAUCUCACAUACGAUGGAGCUUAAACCCAUGAACGCCUCGGCUAACGCGCUCAUCUGGACUGCCACUGACUACUCGGAUGGCGAUGCUGUUGUGGAACAGCUGGCUGCCAAAUUUAAAACCCCUGAAAUAGCUGAAUCCUUCAAGAAGAUUUUCUGUGAGUGUCAGAGCCGCAUGGGUCAAACCAGCGUCGAUGCUACUUGCGUCUUGUCACCACAGAUGUCCAGAGUCCAGGAGCACUCCAGAGAGACUAACCCACAGGUGUUCCUUAAAAUGGCUGCUGAUGACCAGCCGCUGGGCACCAUCACUAUAGAGCUUUUCUCUCAUAUUGUUCCUAAAACUGCAGAAAACUUCAGGGCUCUCUGCACCGGAGAGAAAGGCUUUGGGCUGAGGGACUCCAUCUUCCACAGGGUCAUACCAGAUUUCAUGUGUCAGGGUGGUGAUAUCACCAAUAACAAUGGCACAGGAGGAAAAUCCAUCUACGGCAGAGCGUUUGAGGAUGAAAACUUUGAUGUCCGGCACACAGGCCCUGGGAUCCUAUCGAUGGCCAACCGCGGACGUGACACCAACAACUCACAGUUCUUCAUAACCCUAAAGAAAGCCGAGCACCUGGACUUCAAACACGUGGCUUUCGGCUGGGUGCGAGACGGCAUCGAUGUGGUGCAGCAGAUGGGAGAGCUGGGCACAAAGGGAGGCACUCCCACCAAGAAGCUGGUCAUUACAGACUGUGGACAGUUGCACCUCUGAAUAUUAAGAUUUACGGCUCUGUUUAGGUCAAAUUUAAAAGUCAACAGAUUUUAGAUAAUUACAUGUCCUACGUGCAGUAUUCAUCCUUCUGUGGAAGAUGAAAACAUUAGGCUCUGGUCACAGGAAUACAGGUAAAUACCAUCUGUCACUCAAACUUGCUCCCACUAGUGUGGCAUCUGCAUUUAUAUUUCAGUCCUAUUAUGUCCUAAGAAAUGGGAAACAGAAGUAUGGGAGGAUGCUUUUGGAGAAAGUAUACCUUUGCACUUACACCUUUAAUUGUCUGUCAAUAAUUUCUCCUGUUCAUUUUGUGUAUAAUUGUACAGUAACUACUACUUAAUGUUUUUUUUUCUCUUGCUUGUGUUUAAUUUGAAUGUGCUGGUCUUCUUUGUAAGUUUCACUCUGGAAUGUUAUAUUUCCCUUUUUUGAAGGAGUCUUAAACAUAGUUAAAAAGCAAGCUUUGUAAUUGAAUUCUCCAAUUAGUUUGUUACCAUGCCCCGGCCUUCUCUCAAAAAGCUGCCUUUGGUAAAUUUUUACUGGAAGGCAUCCCUGUUGAUUUUUCUUUAUGUGAGUAUAUUUGCAGUGGAGAUAACUGGACUUCAUAUCUGCCCUCUUAAACCGAAGUCCCAGGGUGUCCAGAUGACUACACAUCUGGUUUUACUUUUAAAGAUGAGACCCAUUAACAUUUCUAAAUUGAGAUGAUCACAAUAAACAUUGAAAUGGUGCUUGUUGUACCAAAAUAUGCUGGUAAGAAAUAAAGUUGCUUUACAAGUAA